AUGGCGGUCAAGUUAGACCAUGCGCAUGUUGCGCGUAGGCCUGAAGAGGCCGAGGUAUCUACAUGCGUCUCAGGCAUCAUAGAAGCUUUUCAAAAUGGACUGGAUAUUUUCAAAAGCUUGCGCGAAAGAAGAAGAAAGCGCAGAUCAAAGAGAGAUACCGACACGCCUGAUUCAACAAGUACUGCCGAGCACCAACUCUCAAAAAGCUUGCGCAGAGGGCCAGAGGAGGUGGCCGGAAAGUAUACUGAAUGCUACUACAGCGGCAUCGGGCCGCGAUUCGCAAAGGGCGAUGCUAUCGCGCACCAGUCACUCGCAGAGACAUUGAUCAAAUUAAACACAGGCCUCGUUGCCAUCAUCGCAGCGUUCCUGAACCAUGACGCGCAAAAAAGCGGAAAGGGUCACCUAGACAUAGACUACAAGUCGUUGACCCACCUGUCCGACGCAUCGCGGCGUGAAGCAAUACAAAGCCUUACCCAGUUAUAUCAGCGACUAAGCCAGUCUCAACUCCAGCUGCAUAACAUUGGCGCUCCACCGUGCCCGCGAUGUGGCACAAGCAAACACCACGACUGCUCCUCUCGCAGCACUAGCCCUGAGAAGGACAAGAAGAAGUCGAGCUCCACUCGUCAACGUUCCUCGGGCCAUGUAGUCACACGCAUGUCCAUGAAGAACCGAAGCUCGAAUGAACCCCGGCUCGUCGUCAUGCGACCUAAGACCACCCGCAAGGGCAGCUCGUCCAGUAAGGAAUCUUCUUCAGUGAAAUCGCCGUCAAGUUCAUCUCGCAGCUCUUCACCGCUGGCAUCCCCUCAGCCAAAGAAGAUCCAGAUGGCUCCACAGCUACCCUUGUACGUACCUGUCGACCCAUUCGAGCUUGAGACAUCUGGUGUCAUCAGAGGCACUCUAGGUGGCGCAGCACCAAGGGCCAGUAGUGGUGGUGUCAAAAAGCGCGUUGAUUCCUUCGACGACCCGCGCGAACCAUGGCCUCAAGAGAACGCCUACACAACUACCAAAUCGCCCUCCCCAAAGCACCAUAACGAGCCCACCCCCAAGCUCCCCACCUUUACCCCUACAUCCCGCCGCUCCCCAUCUCCUGCUCACUCCAAACCCGCAGUCUCUUCCAAGCCUCCCCCAGUCCCGGAGAAACCCUCCUACCUAUCCCCUCCACCACUCCUCGACCAGGCCCCAGCAACCCUCCACUUCCGCCGCCGCCUGGACAAAGCCACACCAUCGAGCUAUACGUUUGCUUCCGGCAGCACGAGACUGGGAGAGAUACCCGAGAGACGCUGGAACAUGCCCUUUGAUUACCAGGAAGCCGAACGCCUCAACACUGAGGCUGCUUUGAAUGGAUACCCCAAUGCGCCCACGGCAGAUGCCAAGGACGCGAAGAAAAAGAAGCGUUUUGGCUUCAUGCGACGAGGUGAUUAG